UCCCAAUUUGCUUCUUUGUUUUAAGUGAUAAAGGCCUUGCAAAAUGUCGUUUGGUAUAGGAAUCGGGGAUAUAGUCCUACUUUCGGACCUCGCCCAUAAACUGGGAACAACUCUCACAAGCGGCCGGAAAGGAGCGACCGCAGAGUUCCAGGAAGUCCAAAACCAGCUUUUUGCCAUCGGCAAGGCGUUGAAGUUUGCGUCAGCAAUAGUAGAAAACCCAAAAUCCCCGGAUGGGGAUCAGAAUGUUCCCCCCGAGGAUGAGAUAUUGGGCCGGAUGAUAGAAAAUUGUGGUGUAACGCUGAAACAUCUAGAUGGGGUUCUAGAAAAGUAUCCGGAGUUACGAGCAGAUGCAGUGCAAGUGCAAGUGGACGAAAAGACUCAGCAAAAAUGGGUAAAAGAUCUCAAAGAUAAUAUCAGGAAGAUCAAAUUUACGACCGAAGGGACUGGUUUGGACAAAUUGAGGAAUAGCCUUGGAAUCCAUGUGACGGCGUUGAACUUGGCAAUUACAGCUCGUAACUGUAUUCAAGCAGACAAGGUUAAGCUACAGGUCGAGGCCAGCCAUGCGAAACUGGAAGAUAUGCACGAAUGGUUUAAGAGUAUGAAACUUUCUUCGGAAGAACUCAAGAAACCAAAGAAGGCGGCCAACAGACCCGUACCACAUAAUGCAGCAGCAUCUUCUGGUUUAUCCAGGAAGAAAACCAAUGAGUCGGUGUCGUCUAUGUCCAUUUAUAUCGAAGCUUCGGAGCUAGGCGACGAGGACAUUAGACCCUCAGAACGUCAUGUUAGCUUCAGGCGGCAAUCCGAAGAAAAGGAAUUAACAUUUUCUAUUUCUCUGAAGACCUUGAAUACAGCUUCAUCCUACUUAAUAUGCCACACGGCAGCAUUCAAUCCAGAAUGGAUGUGGAAACAGGACUCAAAGCUGUUCCAUUGCUCCUGCGAGAACUACCAUGAGCUAGACUAUACUUUGGUGCCUCCGAGCAUUUUUGUCCGUGUCACGACUGGUCGACCGACAUGGACGAUUCAUGUAUUUUCAAAAUCCUCAAAUUCAGUGGAACAACUCCUCAUCUCCGAUGUGUUAUCUACACGCCUUGCCGAUUUCGAGCAGCAUAGGUUGCACCUAGCGUUAGUUCAGGGGCUCAGAUCAGCGUCGACAGGAGAGGAUCCUUCUAUGCUCAUGUACACUUCCGUGCAGGAUACAGGAGGUUCGCUUUCGGUUUUGGACGCAAUUAGUGGCACUUCUAGCUUCCGAGGAGAUGUUAGAAACGCCACAAUACAAUCCGACAGACUCAGCUAUAGUCUCGAAAUCAUAGAAAGCGUCCAGCUGCUACACUAUGUCUCAAUGCUAUUUCCCGGUCCCGACGGAGAUGUCACCCAAGAUGACUCAGGGCUUCUCUCAUGUCGGAAUGCGGAGGUAGUUAUUCAGACCGGGAUUUCACCUGACGGUGCUGAAGGCGGUGACGUUUACCAACUCGUGAUUCAAUUCGGACAAUUCACAGCCGUUGAUGGGCAUGGAAGCAAAACCAAUAUCACACUAAGAGGCGUAAACGGAAAAGCAUUUCUCACAAACAACGACCGCAUCGACAUCCAAGACGCCGACAUCGACCUCACAUUCACCUCGAGCGAAGCAGCAUCUUCAUUUCUCACCUCCAUCGAAUCUCUCCAACGCCACCUUUUCAUUUCCUACCUCCAAUCCCAGUAUCUCGAAGAGGUCGUAAAAUUCCGCAAGAACAUCGGCAACGUCAUGAUCCGAGAGAUGCAACUCCUCGACGCCCUCGCCAUGGUGGUCGAAGACACCACUACUGGCGAACAGAGGAUGAUAAUAAGCAGCAAAUGUGGCUCGAAAUUUGUCACUGUGAUAGUUCCGCCGGCUGCCACGGGAUCAUCCCCUUUGGUAAAUGGGCCUCGUAUAGGCCCAGAUGUAUCCGCGUUUUUUAUCAAUAUUGAUGCUGAGGAUACGAGCAUUGUUAAGCAGUCUUUUGGGACUAUUUCGAAUAUAGGUUUGUUUGUGAUGGGAGAUAUGCAUACUGCAUAGGCCGGAGCUCCUAGAACCUAGACUAACAGCAAACAACUGGUUGGACAGGCCAUGCAGUGUGUAGCUUGCUUAGGUGGAUUUUACGAGUUGAUGGCGUCUAUAUCUAGUUGUGAUCAGCAGUAUAUAAUAGGGAUAGAAUAAACAGAAGCUCAUAGGUUUCUUUCUCAGAAAGUAAAAACAAUUAUAUAGUGAGG